AUGCUCCCUUCCCAGACCUAUGUCAACAUCUCCUUCUUCCAGCCACCUGCUUUUCUGAUGAUUGGUAUCCCAGGACUGGAAGCCAUUCAUGGCUGGAUCUCCAUUCCCUUUUCCUCCAUGUAUACUGUGGCCCUCACUGGAAACUCCCUGAUCCUACUGGCUGUGAGGAGGACCCCCAGCCUGCAUCAGCCCAUGUACUACUUCCUGUCCAUGCUGGCCCUCACUGAUAUGGGUCUCACUUUGUCUACACUGCCCACCACCCUGGCUGUGCUCUGGUUUGACCAUCGUCUCAUUGGCUUCAAUGCCUGUCUGGUCCAGAUGUUCUUCCUACACUCCUUCUCUGUGGUGGAAUCCUCAGUGCUCCUGGCCAUGUCGUUUGACCGCUUUGUGGCAAUCUCUAACCCCUUGCGCUAUACAGCUGUCCUCACAAAUAAUGUCAUCAUCAGGAUUGGAAUAGUCAUUGUGGCUCGAGCCACUGUUUCCCUCUUCCCAGUGCCAUUCUUGCUUAAGAGGCUGAAUUUCUGCCCUGGCAAGAUCCUCCUAUCUCACUCCUUCUGUUUCCAUGCAGAUGUCAUGAAACGAGCCUGUGCUGACAUUACUGUCAAUAUCUUUUAUGGGCUUUAUGUUGUUCUAUCCACAGUGGGUGUAGACUCUCUGCUUAUUGUCAUGUCCUACACCCUUAUUCUUCAUACAGUGAUGGGGAUAGCCUCCCCCAGAGAGCGUUUCCGGGCGCUCAACACCUGUGUUUCUCAUAUCUUAGCUGUUCUGGUUUUCUACAUCCCAGUCAUAGGUGUGUCCAUGAUCCACCGAUUUGGGAAGCAUCUGCCACAUGUAGUACAUGCUCUUGCUGCCUAUGUGUACCUGGUCAUACCUCCUGUACUCAACCCCAUCAUCUAUAGUAUCAAAUCCAAGCCCAUUAGGGAAGCCAUGCUCAAGGUGCUGAGGAGGAAGGGGUAG